GCAGGGUUUCUCUCUCUCUCUCUCUCUCUCUCUCUCUCUCUCUCUCUCUCUCACAGACACACACCAAUGGAGGUGGAGGUGAUGACACCAUCACCGCCUGUGGAGUUCAACUUUGACAGUGCAAGCACUUCACCAUACAUAACUGCCCCUUCAAGCCCACAACGAUUUGGCACCUUAUAUUAUAGUGCCCCCACCAGCCCCACCCGUGUCUCCGCCCUCUACAGCGACUUCAACAACUACAGCGCCGCCGCAACUGCAGUUGUUGGUGGUGAUGAUACUACCAAUGAUGAUGAUGCAGAUUUUGCUUUUGAUUUUAGUGGUCAAUUGGAGAAAAGUUCAUUAUCUGCUGAUGAACUGUUUGAUGGUGGGAAAAUCAAACCACUUAAGCCCCCUCGGCGCUUACAAAACGAAAACAAGCACGCUGAUUCUCCCAAAUCCCCUAGAUCGCCCAAGAAAUUAUUCUCCCCACGUCACAGGAAGAAAGAAUUUGAUCCAUUUGCAGCUGCUAUCGAACAAACUCAGAAAGAAAACAUUCAAGAAACAUCUCGAAGAACAAAAUCUUUAUCUCCUUUCAGGGUUUCCGACUUAUUAUUUGAUCCUGAUAACAAUCAAGUUCAAGAAGCAUCCAAGAAUUCUUGUGCAGUAUCUUCUUCUUCUUCCACUUCUUCAAAUUCAUCCAUUUCUUCAGCUUCAUCCUGGUACAAAAAAUGGAAAAUAAAGGACUUGUUAUUAUUCAGAAGUGCAUCUGAAAGUAGGGCAACAGAAUUGAAGAAAUUUGAAGGGUUGAAGAAAAAUUGUCAUCAAGAUCAUGAUCAUGUGGUCAAGAAUUGUAGAUUUAGAUCAACGGACAGUGUUGGAUCAGGUUCCAGUAGGAGAAGAUCAGGUCCAUCAGUUUCUGCUCAUGAACUGCAUUACACUAUGAACCGAGCUGCAUCAGAAGAGAUGAAAAAAAGGACUUUCUUGCCAUACAAACAAGGAUUACUGGGGUGCCUAAAGUUCAAUCCUAGUGCUUCUAUGUCUCGCGGAUGAAAUAAUAUACAUUUUUUUUUGGUAAUUUUAUUCGACUAUAUAUACGGUUUUUAUUAUUAUUUGUAUUUAUGACAUAUUUUUCACUUAUUUUUAUUUUUAUUUUUAUUUUAAUUUUUUUUUGUGGGGAGGGGUGUGGGGGUUCAUUAAGAAGAAAAGUUGAUCUUAUAUAUCUUGGUGAAAUUGCAUUAGAAAUGCUUUGUAAUUAUGAGUUCAUUUCCACUUAUCAAAUAAGGGAAUCACAUUCCAUUUAUUAAA